GGAAGGAAACAGCAGGAUAUGGCCAACUGGCUUCACCUGGUGACUUGAUUACACUGACAUUGUUAAUGAGGAGGAGGCUGCGAACAGUACUUGUGAGAAGAGGGACAGAAGGGGGCAGUGGUCGAACAAGCAAUGGCACAGCUCUUCCCGGUUGCCUCCGCCUCAGCAACUUCUUUCCACAGCGCAACUCGCCAGCCAGGCCGCUCCCCUCCAGUCGGCACUCAGAGGCACAGGGGAAGCGCAGCAGGACCCCUCUAGCGGGCAGAAGCCCCAUCAGCCUGGAAAGCCGGUAGCCAGUCUUGUGGCGUCUUUCGCGCAUGAAUCGUGCCAGCCGCGGUCUUAAGUCUCGAGCCCACUGCGCCACAUGCAUGCGGGGUGGGGGUUGUGAGGGUGAAGACUAUCGAAGUGCGAGCCUGGCCCUCGUUGGCUGUCAGAUGCCCCCUCGCCCCUUGCUCCUCUGGUGAGACCUCAGCCUCGCCCCACCCCCAUUUAUAUAUAUAGCUAUUCUUGGCGGGGGAGGGGGAACCGAGCCGGUUUCUCCGCUUUGAUGAGCAAACAGUGCGGAUAGGAAAGGCCGAAAAACACUGGCCUGGGUGAAACUGGCACACCGGCCCUGCCAGGUCUCUGGUAAUGAUUAAACUGUCAGCUAGAUUUCCCGGCAAGGUAAGCUGGCACGGCCCCAGAUGGCACACAUUAUGCAAAUUCCCCGGGGCGGGAGCUAAGUACCUGGGCCUCGGAAUUCCCCUAGAGGAGGAGAUCGUCUUACGGGAGACGCCCUAUAAAGGGACAGGUAUGGGGAGGGGCCAAGCCAUACAGAGGAGUAGAGUCACGAAUAGGAGGGCACAGGUGAGCGAGAGGCAAGAGUUCGCUGGGACUUGGCUUGUUGAGUCGACUACUGAGUGGAUUAACAACUGCAGGAACACCUGCCUGAAAAUCCCAUGGCAGGAUCCUGUGAGAUUAGCAACCUUCUUUCAAACUACAUCUCUGCCAUGUACCAGUCCGAGGAAGUGCCUCCAGAUCCAGACCUCCUGACCCACCUUGGAGAUGAUGACAACCUUCCUCUCCCACUGUCUAACUUACACAUGGCAACAGAAACAACUGGCAAACCCACAUGGUAUGGUGAGAUGCCCCAUUGCUGGAGCAAGUCUCAAGUCCUGGAGUGGAUCAGCUACCAUGUGGAGAAGAACAAGUACGACGCCAGUGCCAUUGACUUCUCCUGCUGCAACAUGGAUGGUUACACCCUUUGCCAAUACACACGGGACCAGCUGGGACUCAUUUUUGGGCCCCUGGGUGAUGAACUGUAUGAUCGUCUGCAUGAAAUCACUUCAGUACCAGAUGAACUGGCCUGGAUUAUGUCCGUGUUGAAGAGUGAGGAGGUUUCCCAAGAGUCCCUUUUGGAUGCCAACUCUUUAGAAUUUGGAAACUCUUGCUCUCAGGAGUACCUGGAGGAGAUGAAGUUAGCAAACCUUUUCUCACAACCUGACCUUGGCUACUUAUCUGGAGCUAUGUCACCAGACAGCUCUGGGUCUCUCACAGGGACUAUGUCACAGAGCCCUCACUCUCAGGACUCCGGUGGAAGUGACCUUGAUCUUGACCCCAUAGAUAUGAAGCACUGUCCCUUUUCUGAUGGUGACUAUAAGAAAGACCUCAAAAAGCGGAAAAGGGGACGACCCAGGAAAGUCAGCAAGGAGAGCAGAGAUUGCCUGGAGACCAAAAAGAGCAAACACUCAGCCCCAAGAGGCAUCCACCUGUGGGAAUUCAUCCGGGACAUCCUAAUCCACCCAGAGAUGAAUGAGGGGUUGCUGAAAUGGGAAGACCGGCGAGAAGGCAUCUUCAAGUUUCUGCGCUCUGAGGCAGUGGCUCAGCUCUGGGGACAGAAGAAGAAGAACAGUAGCAUGACUUACGAGAAGCUGAGCCGGGCCAUGAGGUAUUACUACAAGCGGGAGAUCCUAGAGCGAGUAGAUGGUCGGCGGCUUGUGUACAAGUUUGGCAAGAACUCCAGCGGGUGGAAGGAGGAAGAAGUACAAGAGAGAAGCUAAAAAGAGCUGCAAGAGCCACACACAGACUUGGUUUUGGCUCACUUGUGCUUAGAGGACUUGUUCUAAGCACAAUGCACUGAUGUGGGCCUUGAGCCCUGAAGCUGCUUUCUCAAGCAGUGUGUGUUAGACUCCAGCCCUUUCACAGGGCAAAGUGUACAUGCUGGCUCCCGACCGGAGCACAGGUAAUUACAGCUGAUAUUUUGGCUCAAGUAGGUUAUUGUGAACCAUUAUUAUUUUGUUGCAAUUGGACUCUGGCUGCUGUUGAUUCUGAAUGGCAUUACAAUGCCUUUGGCUGUCCGAGGCACUGUGCAGAACUCACCCAGGCAGAAGGAACAGGCCGUUCUCAGCCAUUGUUUUGUCUUGAAGGACAGUUCUCAAAACAUCAAAUGGUCUGCUGACUUGGAGUGAAUGCUACAGUCAACUGUAUGUGGGGAACUGGGAUUUGCCACUGGAGUCUGAGUAUAUGGAUGUCCACUUUGGAGUGGUGUCUGAACUGUGCCAGCUGCAGAGUGGCCGAAAUUAUUUGGCCAUACUUUGCAUCUCAAGCCAAGAUCAUUGUGAAUCUUAAACAGCUUAAGAGAGCAAGGCUCACAAGUCCUUUCCAUGGUCCUUCCCCAAGGAAAAUCCUACUUUCCAGGAAGCAUGGCACUGUGCCCCACAAACAGCCUCCUCUUGCUCCUAAUUUAUGUGAUAUAUGUGUGUUUAUAUAAUGUACAUAGAUAUCUAUUUUUUUUUCAUAACAAGAGUUGUGUGAUUGUGUCAGGAAGCAGUGGGCAUUGUCUAUAAUGAUUGUUGUUUCUAAUAUUCAGCUGGGCUGAAAAAAAAUCUUUAUUUUGAAAUCAAAGUGUUUGUAGGAUGUUGUAUCAGCUCGUUGGUGACUCCAGGAGAGCCCUACGUAAUGCACAGGUUUCCUGCUUUUUAACAAUUAACCAAUAAAUCACUGGUUUUGUUGGUUUUUAA